CUUUACUGUAGACGUGAGGCGCCUAAACAGCGGUGCCCCUUUGGCGGGUCAAAAAUAACCAAGUUUAGAACUCUCAUUUAAUGGAGUCACAUGAACGACAGAACCAAAAAUCGAAAGCAAAAGCACCAACCUUCCUCACUCGACAGGUAAAAGGAGAGGAAAAGACACGAAUAUAAGCAGCGGGCGAGGGGAAAGGAUCCGAACGGGCGAGAGGAUGCAACUCUCUCGUAUUUUGCUCGCCGUCGUGCUCCAGUGGAUCCUUUGGAUCUCUGGGUCUUGGGCAGCAAAUGCGAGCUCUCCGCUCGUUCCCGCGUACUUCAUCUUUGGAGACUCCCUGGUUGACGUUGGCAACAACAACCAUCUCUUCACGCUUGCCAAGAGCAACUUCCAUCCGUAUGGAGUCGACUUUGACACGCACAUUGCAACGGGGCGAUUCAGCAAUGGGAGAGUUUCAGUCGACUACCUGACUGAGCUUCUGGGACUGCCUUUCGUUCCCGCUUAUCUGGACCCCUCUACCAAAGGCAGCAAGCUUCUCCUCGGCGUCAACUUUGCGUCCUCAGGCUCUGGAAUCCUUGAUUUCACUGGAAAGAUUUUCGGGCAGAACAUGCCAAUGGGCUCUCAACUGAAAAGCAUGCACAAAGUUAAGCAGGAAAUCCAAGAGCUUAUUGGAGAAAAACGCACGAGGACGCUUCUCAGCAAGGCCUUGUUCUCUGUUGUCACGGGAAGCAACGACUAUCUCAACAAUUAUCUCGUCAGGCCGAGGGAAGGAACUCCCGCUCAAUUCCAGGCCUUGCUGCUGUCCAGCCUCAAAUCGCAAUUGCAGGAACUAUACAACAUCGGUGCUCGUAAGCUGCAUGUCGUGAGCAUGCCUCCCAUCGGCUGCUGCCCCCAGUCCCUCUUCAAAUUCGGCAGCAAGAACGACGAGUGCAUAGACUUUGUGAACAAACUCGCGGUGGACUACAAUGUAGGACUCAAGUCCCUCCUCGUGGAGGUGGAGAGAUCUCUUCCUGGUCUCAGGACCGUCUACACGGACUCGUACUACUCGUUCAUGUCCAUCUACAACAAUCCAAGCCAGCACGGAUUCAAGGUCACAGGGACUGCUUGCUGUGGUAUCGGUCCUUACAGAGGCUCUUUCUUCUGUCUGCCCAAAGUUCCAUAUUGCUCCAAUCCAUCGCAACACAUUUUCUUCGAUGAGUUCCAUCCUACUGCUGGAGUUGCUCGAGAUGUUGCUAUCAAAGCCUUUCGUGGAGGGCCGGAUGUAAAUCACCCGAUCAACGUCUAUCAACUAGUUACCUCCAGUUGAAACUAUAAAAAUAAAUUACACCACCAUUGAAUU